CUUUGCAUAGAUAUCAAAGAAGCACGAACACGACAAAAUAUCCCACCACGACCGAAUGACAUCAUCAUCAACGGGUUGGGAAUCAUAAACACGCACAAAAUGACACGAAACGCCAACCUCGUACGGGCGCUCUGCUUACCAGGCCGCCACCAGCCCAGAGGCCCAUCGAAGGAAGGUGGCGCUGUAUAUAUAUAUAUAUAUAAACCACUACGCCAGAGCAAUUACUCUCCCACUCUCCCUUCUUGAGCUAUGCUCAAGACUAACCGAUCGUCGUCAGCUCUGAUUCCGCUACCUCGCUGCCGAUCAUGGGCCGGAGCCCCUGCUGCUCCAAGGACGAAGGGCUGAACCGCGGCGCGUGGACGGCCCACGAGGACCAGCUCCUGACCCGCUACAUCGACUCCCACGGCGUCGGCAAAUGGCGCAACCUCCCCAAGAAGGCCGGCCUCAACCGCUGCGGCAAGAGCUGCCGCCUCCGCUGGCUCAACUACCUCCGCCCCGACAUCAAGCGCGGCAACAUCUCCCCCGACGAGGAGGACCUCAUCAUCCGCCUCCACAAGCUCCUCGGCAACAGAUGGUCUCUCAUAGCCGGGAGGCUGCCUGGGCGGACGGACAACGAGAUCAAAAACUACUGGAAUACCAAUUUGGGGAAAAGGGUCGACCCGCAAACCCAUCACCGCCUCUCCACCACCACCUCCGCCGCUGCCGCUCAUCCCAGCAAAUUAUCAGUCAAGCCCCGCCGGAAGAUCGUCCCCCCACCCGCAACUGCCACGGCCCCGGUCCGGGCCAAGCCUGCAAAGUGCUCGAAGAAGCUCGUUUUCUAUCCACGGCGGCAGGAGGAAGAGGGGAACAAUAAUACCAAUGACGCUGGAGUAAUUUUGGCCGGGGACGGGGAGAAGGCAGAGACGAGCAGCCUGGCUGCGGUGGAAGCUUCCUCGUCCUCCUGCGCCCCCGCGAAUAACGGGCUCUCUGGCGGCGGAGAUGACAACAGUAAUGAGAAUAUUAUUAAUGGUGGCCGCCGUGAUGCGAAUAACCCACUGCAGGGGACGGAUGAGUUAAUAAUGACGGUGGAUUUUGGCGGGGAGGCAGGGGCGGAGAUCUCGCUGUCAGAGCUGCUGGCCGGCUGCGAUGAUUUCAGGGAUUUGUGCGAUUUCAGUCAUCAUCAUCCCCACACAGCUGGAUGCAGCGGCGGCAAGAGCAGAGACGAGGUGGAGAUGCUGAUGGCGGCCGGCGGCUGCGGGGAGAUGCUCAUUUCGUCGGAGGAAAUGCUGGAGGAGGGUUGGGAUAUUGACGUCACGGCGACGACCACGGCGGCGAGUGAUCUGAAUGGGUUCGGUGGUGCUGGAUUUCUUGGUACCGGCUGCGGCGUUGACGAUGAUGAGGAAUGGCUUGGCAUUGCGGAAUGCUCGAGUAGUUAAAGGAAUUUACUUCAUUGGUGUUUUGAGGAUUUUUCUUUUAUCAUUAUGUUCGUAUAAGCUAAUAUGAUAUCAUCUGAGAAUUGAAUCUUUGCUUUCCUAUGAUAAACUCGUUUUGAUUGUUUUCUUAGUACGAUGAACUCGUACCACUUAAAUGCUGUUGUAGUCUAAUAAACUUUGGGGCUAUUGAUCCCGAUACAACCCAAUCAUUAAGGGUCGACCGAUGAACUAUUGGAAGACUGACACGAGAGUCUGACCACCUUAUAAGUUAAGCAAGGAUAAGACACUCCUCUCAAGUCUCACUCGAGAUGCUACAAGAGCGGGCUCACGACCAUUCGAGAGUCAAUCAAAUCACCAAGAACUUAUUAGACAAUGAUAGCGUCAUUCGUAAUUAAAUCCGAGACUUUAA